AUGGGGCGUCGCAAACGGGAAAGUCUUCCACCGGCGAUUUCAAGCGAUGAUUAUCCUUCAAAGCGUAGGAGACACUCUAUGUUCGAGAUUUCGGCCUCUAAUCACGGAGUAUCUUCCUCUUCUAGGAAAUGGGUUUUCUCCUCCGAAAACUGUUCUGAUUGCUCGGAUACGAUUGUAGUUGUUUCAUACAAUAUACUUGGUGUUGAAAAUGCAUCAAAUCAUAUGGAUUUGUAUUCCAAUAUCCCGCGUCGUUUCUUGGAGUGGGGUAGACGCAAGAGGCUUAUACUUGACGAGAUUAACAGCUAUAAUGCAAGUAUACUCUGUUUCCAGGAGGUUGAUCAUUUUGACGAUUUAGAUGAUCUUUUUCAGAACAAUGGCUUUAAAAGUGCUUACAAGGCUCGCACAGGAGAAGCAAACGAUGGAUGUGCUAUAUUUUGGAAAGACAAAUUAUUCAGUCUUUUGUAUCAAGAAGAUAUAGAGUUCCAAAAGUUUGGUCUGCGUAACAAUGUUGCUCAGCUUUGUGUUUUGGAGGUAAACAAUGAUAGUCCAGAAUCUGACACAUCAAAACUAUCAGAGGAACAAUCUACCAGAAAGAAUAGAUUUGUAAUAGGAAAUAUACAUGUGUUGUUCAACCCUAACCGUGGUGAUAUCAAACUAGGCCAGGUCAGACUUCUAAUUGAUAAAGCUUACAAGUUAUCACAAGAAUGGGGAAACAUCCCUGUUAUUUUAGCUGGAGAUUUAAACAGUGUGCCACAGAGUGCAAUAUAUAAAUUUCUGUCUUCAUCAAAGUUAGACGUCCAAUUACAUGAUCGCAGAAAUAUGUCAGGACAGCUCGAAAUCCGGCCCAAUCACAGAUACUUCAGAUCAAAGAUUGGUGAUGAUGCUAGCAUUUCAAUGUCUGUUUCAAGGCAAAUGCUAUACAAAUGGAGUGCGGAAGAACUGAUCCUUGCAACUGGCGCAAAAGGAGUCACUCGACUUCAGCACCAGCUCAAGCUCCGCAGUGCUUAUAGCGGCAUUCCUGGAAAGCUUAGAACAAGAGAUGAUAUUGGAGAGCCCUUGGCAACAUCAUACCACUCUAAGUUCAUGGGAACUGUUGAUUAUAUCUGGCAUUCUGAGGAACUUAUCCCGGUCAGAGUUCUUGAAACCUUGCCCAUUGAUAUUCUUAGAAGAACUAGAGGACUCCCUAACGAGAAUUGGGGAAGUGACCACCUUGCCGUUGUAUGUGAAUUUGCCUUUGCAAAAAGUGCUGAAAGUUCUGAUUCUUCUGAUCUUCCCUAG